AUGAACGAAGAUGCUCUCGAAGCUGUACGAUCUCGCACAUUCUUCGCGAUUCUGACUGUGUUUUAUUCUAUAUUUCGUUGUUGUCUUGCUUAUUGCAACAAAGGUGACGAUGAUCAUCUGAUUCAUCCUAGUCAUAGUUUACAUGUCAUAAAAGCCACUGGGAUCAACCCUUCCGUUCUUUUAUCAAUUCCUGUCGUAUCUUUCAACGCUAAUGCCUUCAAAGACAAUAUCGAAUGCGUCGUUUGUCUAUCAAAGUUCAUCGACGAAGACAAAGCCAGGGUUUUACCUAGUUGUAAUCAUUGCUUUCACUUUGAUUUUACUGACACAUGGCUUCAUUCAGACUAUACUUGCCCUAACUGCAGAAAGAACGUUGAAGAAAUCCAAAAUCACGAACUUUCUCUUAGUCCAAACCCUAAUUCCGGUUAG